AUGGUCGAGGCAACGGAGAGUACUAGCACCGAAUUUGACAAAGAGUUCUUCAUCGAAGAAGUGAGACAACUAAGUUGUCUUUGGGACACAAACUCGUCUUUAUACAAAGACCGUACGGUCAAAUCGAAUGCUUGGAAGAAACUGUCUGAAAUUUUUGACAGGGACGGUAAGUAUUAAUCGUUAAUGUUUUUAAUCAAUAUGCGCUUCCGUUUCCGUUCCAUGAAGCCAUGCCUCCGCAUUGAAAUCAACAACAUAGGCAGCCAUUAUUGUAAUGGCGUAUUCCAUUUAAUAUCCGUAUCCCCCCUGUCGAGGUUCCAUGGAAUUCGUCAGGGGUAAAGGGUUUUGAGCUUGGAAUUCCUCAGGAGUAAAGUGUUUUGAGCUUGGAAUUCUUCAGGGGUGAAGUGUUAUGAGUUUGGAAUUCUUCAGGGGUAAAAGGUUUUGAGCUUGGAAUUCUUCAGGGGUAAAGAGGGUUGAGAUUGAAAUUUUUCAGAGCUUGGAAUUCUUCAGGGGUAAAGGGUUUUGAGCUUGGAAUUCUUCACGGGGUAAAAGGUUUUGAGCUUGGAAUUCUUCAGGGGUAAAGGUUUUUGAAAUUAUAAUUCUUCAGGGGUAAAGGGUUUUGAGCUUGGAAUUCUUCAGGGGUAAAGAGGGUUGAGAUUGAAAUUUUUCAGAGCUUGGAAUUCUUCAGGGGGUAAAAGGUUUUGAGCCUGGAAUUCUUAAGGGGUAAAAGAUUUUGAGCUUGGAAUUUUGGAAUUCUUCAGGGGUAAAAGGUUUUGAUUAUGAAAUUCUUCAGGUGUACAACAAUGAAAAACAUGUAUCCUCGACAGGGGGGUGGGGUUACGGAUAUUAAAUGAAAUAGCCCAAUAUUGUUUUAACUUUUAAACUAAGUAAAUAUUUGGGGCACUAUGUCUAUAAAAUUUGAAAAGGAGAUUGAAAUUUGCAAGAUACCCAUUCAAAUGUCGACGACUUUCAAUUGACUGAAUUUGCAAACAGGCUGAAGCCUGAAAAUUUCAAUAAAGGUAAGUAUUUUUUUCUAGUUUUAUCGUAAUGCAUGAAUAAACGGAAUAGCUAAGUUUUGUUUCUAGUUUUAUCAUAUAUUAAUUGCAUAUAAUGCGUUCAUGAAUAUCUGAAUCGCGUGAGUAUCCAAUAUAGUAUAUAUAGGUAUACUAAUGGCAUUAUUAAAGUAAAAAUAUAUUAUUGUAUGUAUUUUUAAUACUGUACAUUUUCUUACUAAAAUGGAUAUUUAAUAUUUUAGUGGAUUUUCUUCAAAGACAACUGAAGAACGUGAAGGAUAGUUUAAAAGAUGUCUCGACAAGAGGUCCAAGAUGA